AUGGCGAAAUCGGCAGCGGCGCCGGCGUCUCUUUCCUGGUGUUUCUCAGCGGCGGUUCUGGCUUUUAUGAUGCUCUGCUGCGUGGGGUCCGAGCAGAGAGGGUUGAGAGGGGAGAAGAUGAUGAUGAUGGCGAUGAUGGACGGGCACCAGCAGAACGGGCAUGGCGGGGAGCAGGAGCGGGCGUGCGAUGAGAUAUAUGUGGUUGGGGACGGGGAGACUCUGCACACCAUCAGCGAGAAGUGCGGCGACCCUUUCAUCGUCGAGAACAACCCGCAUAUUCAAGACCCCGAUGACGUUUUCCCUGGCCUGGUUAUAAAGAUCACGCCCUUCCAUGGUCGAUAA